AUGAUUGAUUCUGUAAAACCUCAUCUUAGAGGUGUACUAUUAUAUCGGACUUUGCAAGGAAAUUUCACAUUGCUUCUGCUUUAUCAUGCUGUAAAGUAUCUUCCAUUAGUAUAAGUUGCCUUGAUAAUUAACCUCAUGCCUUUAUUCACAGCAAUUAUGGGAUAUUACUAUUUAAAUGAAAGACUCAAGAUCCUUGAAAUAAUUGUGCUUAUUGUAUCAUUUAUAGGAGUAGCAGUAUUAAUAGUGGGAGGCCCAAAUGAGAAGGAAAAAUCAGAAUUAGAAUAGACGGAUAGUUCUUCAUCAGCAAUAAAUGUUUCAUUUUUAGAAUACGUAAUAGCUUCUUUACUGUUGAUUUUAAAUCCAAUUUUUAAUGCCUCAGGCAGCAUAGCUCUAAGAUAAUUAAAAGGUCUGCAUGAUUAUACUACUUCAGCAUAUAUGGGAAUAUCAAUGACUAUACUCUACGCAUUAAUAAUUUGGAUUUUCGGAAUGGGUUUUGAUUUUGUUUCAAAGUUUGACUAAUAAGCUUGGUAUAUAGUUCUUGCAAUGGGUAUCAUAGCUGUAUUUUAGUAGACAUUCAGAUUCAAGGCUCUCCAAUAUGAUACUGCUAGUAGACUAGCUGUAGUUAAUUAUUUCUAGACAAUAAUCUUAUUCUUAUUCGAUGUUGUAUUUCUAGAUCAAUCAUUUAACAUGACUCAAAUCAUUGGAAUAAUUAUCAUAUUUACAGUAAACUCUAUAAAGUGGGGUGACAGUUUUUAUACUUAUAUUAUCAAAAAGAAAAAGAAUGCCUGA